AUGCUCAAGGUAAACGGCUCGAUCUUCACGCCUUCUGUGUUCACACUAAUUGGGAUCCCUGGCCUGGAGUCAGUGCAAUGCUGGAUCGGGAUUCCAUUCUGCGUCAUGUACAUCAUCGCUGUGAUCGGGAACGCUCUAAUUCUAGUUAUAAUCAAGAGUGAAAAGAGCCUCCACAUACCCAUGUACAUUUUCUUGGCCAUUUUGGCAGUCACCGACAUUGCCCUUAGCACAUGCAUUCUUCCAAAAAUGCUGGGCAUCUUCUGGUUUCAGCUGCCACAGAUCUCCUUUGAUGCCUGCUUGCUACAAAUGGAGCUCAUCCACUCCUUCCAGGCAACAGAAUCAGGCAUCCUCCUGGCCAUGGCUCUGGAUCGCUAUGUGGCCAUCUGCAACCCCUUGAGACAUGCCACCAUCUUCUCUCCACAGCUCACGACUUGCCUUGGAGCUGGUGUGCUACUCAGGGCUUUCAUUCUGGUAUUCCCAUCCAUACUGCUCAUCAAAUGCCGUCUUAAGUACUUCCGAACUACCACUAUCUCUCACUCUUACUGUGAACACAUGGCCAUUGUGAAACUGGCAGCUGAAGAUGUGAGAAUCAACAAGGUAUGUGGCCUCCUGGUUGCCUUUGCCAUCUUAGGGUUUGACAUUGUCUUCAUUACCUUCUCCUACGUGCAAAUUUUUGUCACUGUCUUCCAGCUGCCCCAGAAGGAGGCUCGAUUCAAAGCCUUCAAUACCUGCAUUGCUCACAUCUGUGUCUUCCUACAGUUCUACCUCCUGGGAUUCUUCUCUUUCUUCACGCACAGGUUUGGGGCUCAUAUACCCCCUUAUGUACAUAUCCUCCUGUCAGAUCUUUACCUGUUAGUCCCUCCUUUUCUCAACCCCAUUGUCUAUGGUGUUAAAACUAAACAGAUCCGUGACCAAGUCCUGAAAAUGCUUUUCUCCAAGAAACCUCUGUGA